GGCAUCGAUCAGUGAACUGUAUUUAACAAUUAUCGAGAUGAAAGCUUUUUUCAUAGGAAUGCUCAGACCGAAAAAACGUUUUAAACUGUUCAGCACUCCUUUCAUUAUUGUUGGAGUUUUUGUUCUGCAUUUCUUGAUUUCAAUGAGUAGUCACUUCAAAAGCGGUGGUUUCACUAACUUCGGCUCGACACAAAGCGGUUAUAAAAUCAAUUCUGAAAGUAUACAGGACAUUGAGAAACGGCUUAAAUACCCGGUGGUCAUGUUACCAAAUCUAGCAUCUCUAAUCAACGCGACCAAUCCGAAGUAUCCUUUGACAAUUCACGCUCCAUAUCUUAUUGAAAACCCACAUCUUUGUAGUUCUGUUAACAAUUUAUCUGUUCUUGUUGUGGUAAACACAGCAACUGAUCAUUUUGAACGUCGCCUUGCAAUUAGAGAGACAUGGACCAAUGAUAAAUAUUAUAACAACCUUGGAAUUGUCCGAGUUGUCUUUCUUAUUGGAAAGCCGAAGAAUGGAAUUAUUCAAGAAAUAAUAAAUAAAGAGGCAAAUCAGUUUAAAGACAUUCUUCAAGGUGACUUUGCUGAUACUUAUUUCAAUCUCACUCACAAAGGUGCAAUGGGAUAUAAAUGGAUCACCGAACGAUGCAGAAAUGCGGAACAUAUUUUAAAAGUUGAUGACGAUUUUGUGAUAAAUAUGUUUUUAUAUUUCCAGAAAAUUUACCGUCACAAGUCCGUGAAAAACGCGCACGUAUUUUGUGAUUAUGGAACGACACCUGUAUUUAGAGAUAAACGAAUAAAAUGGUUUGUUAGUGAAAACCAAUUUAGGGGAGUGAAAAAUUAUACAAACUUUUGUAGAGGAAAAUUUGUAAGUAUUAAAAAUGAUAUAGUGCCUUCGCUGUAUAUUUCCGCAUCAAAAACUCCGUUUUUCAAAAUCGAUGAUGUGCUACUAUUUGGAUAUGUGAUGCAUAAUGUUCCUGGUCUAAAAUACCAAACACUCUAUAAAGAAAACAUGAAAGGCGAAUACAAAAGCGGAAUGGAUUGCCUUAAAAAGCGACAAGACAAAUGCCAGGCCAUAAUCAUACACAUUGAUGAUCAAAAACAACUCAUUGACAUGUGGUCUACAAUAGUGAAAUAUUUCAAGAAAUAACACGUGGACUAUAAUACUGCAAUAUAUCCGGCAAUAAGACGUGGACUACAAGAAUGUAAUAUAUAUCCAGCAAUAAGACAUGGACUACAAGAAUGUAAUAUAUAUCCGGCAAAAAGACAUGGACUACAAGAAUGUAAUAUAUAUGGCAGUGGCGGAUUCAGGCCCGGGCUUCAGGGUCGAGCCCCCCAGCUCGGCCCAAAGAUUGUCUACCAGCUAGGCUGGAAUAUAUUUUUGUCAGUUUCAAACUGUAUUGGCUGUAGUGUACUCCCUUAUCACAACAUUUAUUGCUCUUGGGACUUGAAAUAUAGACCCAACAAUGCUCUGUAUAGUGCCGGGCAGCCACUGCAUGUAAGGCAAUGAAGGUUGGUUUCUCACCAAUGGCACAGACUUACGUUAAUGGAUGCUUUUAGAAUAAACCAUAAGAUUUAAAACAAAAUUUAUGUAACAUUAGAAGCCAUAACAGAUGUAAAAAAUGGCAGUAUAAAUUUAAGUGUUAUUUGUCAAAAAUAAAAUGUGAAUUCUG